AUGUCUCUGACAGGUUUUGACGUUACCAUAGUGGUAACACUCGUUUUUGGGUAUAUCGCGUAUAAAAGUACGUCCAUCUCUACUUUUGUCUUGAAAUAACAACUGUUUAGCAUAUGACUGGGCGAUUCGUCAAGUUGUCAGUAACACCCAGAAGAAAACGGUAGCGAUUUCGGGAUGCGAUACCGGAUUCGGAAGACUUUUGGCCGUCAAACUGAACGGUUUGGGAGUUCCGGUGAUUGCAGGAGUACUGAGAAAAGAGGUAAGAUCAGAUGGGGUAAUGAAAAUCAGCUUCAUGCGUUUCAGAGUGGUGAAAGUCUUAAAAAAGAAGUGAGAAACCCGAACCUUUUGACUUUUGGGACACUGAACGUGGGCAAUGAUGACAGUGUCAAAGAGUUCGCUCAGCUUGUGGGGAACACAGUCAAGGACCACGGACUCUGGGGAGUGGUGGCUAAUGCCGGAAUUCUGGGAAACUCUGGUCCGGAUGAUUGGCUCAAUGCUCAGGAUUAUAUCAACGUAAGGCUCAAUUUUGCUUUGAAAAACGUUUUUUUCAACUCGCUCUUUCAGACCAUGCAAAUAAACACUUUCGGAGUGAUGAGAUUCAUUCAAGCGUUGAAGAAGUUCGUGAAAGUUCAACAAGGAAGGUAUUUGGUUGUUGUCUGAAGUUCAGAAGUUGAUUUCCGAUCUUUUCAGAGUUGUUAUCAUCUCUUCCAUUUCUGGCCGAACUCCAAGACCAACGGUUGGCCCUUAUUGCGUGUCCAAACAUGCCGUCGAAGCAUACGCCGAUGUUAUUAGGUAUUUCACUGUGCUCCGCACUGCUUUUCUUAUCACCUUAAUGUACAGACACGAAUUGAUCGAUUUCAAUGUAUCGGUUCACCUGUUGGAGCCUGGAUUCUUCACCACGAACAUUACACAGACAGCCACAAAUGACUUGGACGCUGUGUGGGAGAGACUUGAUACUGAGACAAAGAAGGAGUAUGGAAAAGAGUUCUUUGAUGAAUGUUAGUUGGAAAAACAUGUCUGGAAAGCUUGUGACGUUGUUUUUUUUCAGACAAGGACUCUCGCUUCUCCCGUCUGUCCCAUUGCGCCGACGACUUGAACCCGGUUAUCGAGGCUUACACCCACGCACUCCUUGCAAAGUACCCAAAAACCAGAUACUGGGUCGGCUGGGACACCAUCUUGUUCUACAUCCCACUUGCUACUCUCCCAACAUUUGCCCAGGACUGGUUCAUCCGAUUCCAACGCCGCAAUCGUCCAGUCCCUGCAGCCAUGAAGAAACAUUAA